UUUGACAGGAAGGAAAAUGGUGGCGCUGUCAACUUUCAACAAUAAGAUGGAGGUUAGUCACAUGCGCACAUUUCGGCUACCGCUCCCUCACUUUGUCCUUUAAACCGUUCUUCAUAUUUAGGGGUUUUCCCUAAUUGUUACAGUAAAAGAUAACGAAUCUACACCCACCCCACCAUUAUUGUCCUCCAACCUGUGUUUUGUCUCUGUCUGUCAAUAAUUAUCUGACCAAUCUCAAUAACAAGUUUUGAUUUUUGAUCAAAGGGUUCAGUUGGCUUUUGGGUUCUUGCAAAAUAUUCUAGAAUUCGUGUAUUUUCCAUCAUAGAAUGACAACGGAGAAGCAAGAUUGUGGGUCUCUUGCUCCUCUUUUACCUGUGGAACAGGAUGAAAGGUCAGGGAGAGGAGGAUCAAUUUCUGGUGCUAUAUUUAAUAUCUCAACGGGAAUGGUUGGUGCUGGGAUUAUGUCUAUCCCUGCUACUUUUAAGGUUCUUGGGGUGAUUCCUAGCUUCUUUGUUAUCCUACUUGUGGGAUACUUUGUUGAGGUGACGGUUGAUUUCCUGUUGAAAUAUACACAUUCAGGAGAGUCGGAUUCUUAUGGUGGCCUUAUGGCUGAGUCUUUUGGAAAGUUUGGUUCUGUUGCUCUUCAGAUUUGUGUUAUGAUCACUAAUCUUGGUGCCUUGAUUAUCUACUUGAUUAUUAUUGGGGAUGUCCUCUCAGGAAAUAAUUCUGAUGGAUCAGUGCACUUGGGUACUCUACAGGAAUGGUUUGGCAUCCACUGGUGGACCUCGCGGGCAUUUUCAGUUCUUGUUGUUGUGGUUUUUGUCAUGCUUCCAUUGCUCUCUUUAAAGCGCAUAGAUUCACUGAGACAUGCAUCGGCAAUAUCAAUCCUCCUAGCUGUGCUGUUUGUUGUCAUAUGCUCGAUGAUGGCAAUACAUGCAAUGUGGGAGGGGAAAACACAAAAGUUACGACUGGUACCUGAUUUCUCACAUGGAGUUUCCUUUUCUGAACUGUUCACAACCAUUCCAGUUUUUGCUACUGCCUUUGGAUGUCAUGUUAAUGUUCAUCCGAUCAGAGCUGAGCUGGGAAGGCCAUCUGACAUGACAUCCGCUGUUCGCAUUUCCUUGAUAUUAUGUGUUGUCAUUUACUUUGCUGUUGGAUUCUUUGGGUACCUAUUGUUUGGGGACUCGAUCAUGGCUGACAUGCUGGUCAACUUUGAUCAAGCCUCUGACUCUUUAAUUGGUACAGCACUAAACGAUAUUGUUCGAUUGAGUUAUGCCAUUCAUCUCAUGCUGGUGUUUCCUGUGAUGAAUUAUUCUCUGCGGGUAAACGUUGAUGAACUAUUCUUUCCUAAAAGACCUUUGUUGGCCACAGAAACAUUACGAUUCUUUUCCCUUACCUGUAUUUUACUUGCAUUCAUUUACGGAGGUGCUGUAGCCAUUCCAAAUAUUUGGUACUUCUUUCAGUUCAUGGGAACGACAACAGUCAUGUGCAUCAUGUUCAUAUUCCCGAGCUCAAUAGUUCUUAGGGAUGCUCACAACAUAUCUACAACUCGGGAAAAGAUAUUGGCUGUACUGGUGAUUAUCUUUGCCAUUGGGACUAGUUCAGUUGCCAUAUACUCUAAUAUUGCGAUUUAUAUUGCCAACAAAUGAACAACUUUGCUGGGUUGCACUCUCAAAAUCAGUUGAUCGAUGCUAUAAGGUGGUUUAAUUAUGUAUAGAGAUCAGAAGAAGUUCUAAUGAGCAUUGGAAAAUCAUCAGUAAGCCAAUGAGAAAUGAGACCUGCUUGUUCUUAGCAACGCCUUCAUGGUUGUCUCAUCCAGGCAAAGGGGAAAGAACUCUUUGGUAUCUUCAUGGCUGUUCUUCUUUUAUGCUAAAGCCAUAUGAAACAACUGCUUUGCUCAAACUGUUGAGGAUCUUACAUGAUUUAGUUUUUUUUUUCUUCAGAAUUUUAUCUUCAUUUAGGAAAAUAGGGAAGUCAUACUUGUCAAAUAAUGAUAAUUCAAGAAAUAAUUUGGUUA